AUGAUCAUGGAUGCAAACGACCUGCAAUCUGUCGAGAUGCUCUGGCCAUCCGACAUUCAACGCUGGCUACAGCAAAUCGAUGCACCGCAGCCACUCCUUCGCGCCGUCACAUACCCCGCUUCUCGCUUCCUCCCCGUCGCUCUGCAGGGCUGCGUCCUGCCCACCGAUGCAGUCUACGCAGAGCCCGACACACCCCUGACCAGCGACUUCUUACUCGCGCAAGCGGUCGACCAUCUCAUCUUGCGCACCAGGCGCACGGAUGCACAACUGGGAAUAGCAGGAGACGCCGACAUGCGCAAGACGCUAAAAGGCCUCAUCGAUUACAUUGGUCGAGACAUGGCGUCGGGCGAUACAGCAGUGGAGCAGCAAGAAGACCCGAACAACCCGUUGCCAUUCUACAACACAGCGCGUUGGUUCACUUGCAACGUGCAGGGCUGCCUCAAGCGCCACCUGGCAAUCCCGACCGGCCAGGAUCAAACCACAAAGCGACACUGCGAGCGCAAAGCCACUCCCGGCCCCGCGCUUCUCGCUUUCAGAGACAUGCCGCUCGACUGGCAGCGCAAGAUUCUUCACCAUCGCGCCAUCGAGUGCGCCACGCAUCACAAGGCCGCCAGCCAAGUUGCGACCUUGCUGCAGUUCUUCGACUGGGGUAGAGACCCUGCGCAGCCGCUUACCGUACAACCCUCCGACCUGACCGUUCCACUGGCCGAGCACGUACACCUUGCGCACGCCCCUCAGCUAGAGUAA